GAAGAGGAGGGGUCGUUGGGGCGUUUUCCAGUCUAGAAUACUUUCACUUUCAACGGUCUUCUGCAAAGCAGAACGAGCGCAUUUCUUCUUCAGCUCGUCGAACAGAAAAGCGGAAGACUUCGCGGAGGGACGUUCGUUGUUAGUUCGAUGGAAAAUGGCGAUUUUAUUUGGUCUACUUAUUUCAUCAUUGUCUCUGUAUUGUGACUUCACCGAUGCUGAGUGCCUGGUGGUCAGUCCUGCCAGGCUGGUGGUGAAGCAUGGAGACCCAGCCUCCUCUAACUGCAGCUCAGAUACCCCUGUAGAGAUGGGCUGGGAAGCCACCCAGGGAGGGGUUGGUCUAACAGACAACAAGGUGAAGAUCCUACGCUGGAGGGUGGACAGUAUGACUGACUGGAAGAUCAAACCUUCAUGCUUCACAGACGGAGGCCUGUGUCAGAAACAGCUAAACAUCACAGUUUAUAAGCUUCCAGACCGUGUCUCCAUCAGCUACAGGAAGUACCCUGAUCCGAUGGUUGAGGGGGAUCAGUACCUGCUGCAGUGUCUUGUCCAGAACAUCGCUCCUAUUGGGAGACUCACGGUGACCUUCUACAAAAUCAGUGCCACUGGUGAACAGACAGAAUUAGACACACAACAGAAAUCCAAGGACAACAUCAACACACCACAGAAUGGGACCUACACCCUGGACUUCACCCCUGGUAGAGAUGAUGACGGGGCCCAGUUGUUGUGUUCAGCCAUGUUGGAUCUGGGACCAGAGGGACCCCAACCUCCUCCUGUAAUGGACUCAGACCGCCUCAACACCAACGUGCACUACAAGCCUCAGAUCACUAUGAGUCCUGGAUGUUUCUCCAUGAGCAUCACGGAGGGCGACACCCUAUCACUUAACUGUAGUGCAAAAGGUAACCCUGCCCCCUCGUACGAUUGGUUGCUCUCCCAAGCCGACUCCAACCCCAUGGAAGAGAGAUCCGUAGUGACCAUCACCAACAUUGCCAAGUCUCACUCUGGAGAUUACACCUGCAUCGCCAGAAACCUCCUGGGAAACAGCACCUGUACUGUUAACGUGGAGGUCACAGGAGCUUCCUGUCAGGCUGCUGCAAGUGCCUUGGUGGCUAUGCUGCUCCUCCAACUCAUUCAUUGGCUUUAAGACCACUUCCUGAACCCACUGAUUGGCUGAAUACAUGUGCUUUUAUUUUUUUCUUCUUCAAAAUCCCUCCCACUGUGAUUGGUGGCUGUCUGUCCACUUUCUGCUAACUACUGAUUAAUAAAUAAAUACAAUUAUUGAUUGAUUGAUAGCCAUGACAACAAUACUUUGAUAAUAUUACCUUGUAACUUUAUGAUUUUGCCUUAAAUCAACAGUUUGGAUCCACCUACACAUUAAAGGGUUUUUCUUUAUUCGUACUAUUUUCUACAUUGUAGAAUAACAGUGAAGACAUCAACUAUUAUGCUGUGCCAAUAGUAGGACACACCUACUAUUCCAUGGUUUCCAUGGUUUCUAUAUGUGUAUAUAUAUAUCAUGGAUUUA